GUAACACAUCAAGAGUUUUAUCCAUUAUUGAAGAUCAAAGAUGAAAAUGAUUUUGCUGAUUUGUCUGAAGAUUUGCAUACUAUUGUUAAAAGUCUAAAUACUUAUAAAUUAGUUGUGAGAAAUGGAUAUGAAGAUACUUCGCAAUCCAACAUUCAAGAGAUCUCUACAAAUCAAGUUCAUAAGCAACAAGAAUCUAUUGAAUA